ACGACACCAUGGCGAAUCCGCUUGCCCAUAUCAAUAUUCGGACCUACGACACCACCUGUCCGCGCACGGACCCUUUGCCAUCCAUCCAGGAGGGCAGCUUAACUAUUUGGCCGGUGCUGCAGUCGUCUGACUCGUCUUUCGGGGCUGAGGUGUUUGGUGUGGAGUGGGAGAACCCGAUUCCGGAUGAGUUAGUGGCCCAGUUGAUAUCUCUCCAAGACCGGUACGGCGUGCUCAUCUUCCGCGAAACCGGACUCGACAAUGCGCGCCAUAUUGCCUUUUCGCAGCAGCUUGGGGAUAAGCUGGAGAUUAACCCGUUCUUCUAUGGUCGGGAAAAUGACCGCUUAAGAGAGCCGCUCCUAUUUGACGUGGGGAACAUCGAACUCGACGGCACUCUCGUCAAACGCGACAGCCGUCGCUGGCACCAUAGCCUAGGCAACGCCCUGUGGCAUACCGACUCCUCCUACCACAAACAACGCUCCAAAUACUCCCUCCUCCUCUCCCACGGUAACCCCGUCCACGGCGGCUCCUGGACCCAUUUCGCCGACACCCGUCGCGCUUACGCCGAUCUGUCCCCCGAAAAGAAAUCCCAGCUGGAAGACCUAGUCGUCGAACACGAUCUCUGGCACUCCCGCAAACUCGCCUCGCCCAUAAUCUACGGCUCUCCACUCCCGCACGAACUCGCCGCGAAACCACCCGCAUUCCAUAAACUGGUGCAGAUUGCUCCGGACGGACGCAAGACGCUGUAUUUGGCGGCCCAUGCGAAACGGAUUGUGGGGUGGGAGGUGGAGGAGAGUCAGCGGUUGAUUUGGGAGCUCAUUGAGCAUUGUACGCAGCCGCAGUAUGUGUUUAGUAUGGAGUGGUUGGGAGGGGGGGAUAUGGUUUGGUGGGAUAAUCGGCAGUCGAUGCAUCGGGCGAAUCCGUAUACGGAUGAGAUGACGGCGAGGGAUGUGCGGAGGUCGACGGUUGUGGAUGAUAGGCCGGAGGCAUUUGGGUUG